CAACACAACGAUGUCAACCCAUUCAUAACCCUCUACCACCCAUACUCCCCAUACAAUCUCCGACUCAUCUCCAUCGCUUGACCGAUCACCGUCACAUGCAUGUCGGCCGGGGGAGAACACCUCAAGGAUGAGGGCACACGACGCCAAGUCGUCCUGGCAGGUGGCAUUGCCGGUCUCGUGUCACGAUUCUGCGUCGCCCCCCUCGACGUCGUCAAAAUCCGCCUCCAGCUCCAAAUCCACUCCCUCAGCGACCCAAUCUCGCAUCACAAUGGAACCCUCUCCACAAUGAGGGAAAUCAUCCGCCAUGAGGGUAUAACAGGCCUUUGGAAAGGCAACAUCCCCGCCGAAAUAAUGUACGUUUGUUACGGAGUGAUCCAAUUCAGCGCCUACCGAACAACUACCCAAGCUCUAGCACAACUCGAUCCGCAUCGACUCCCUCCAUCAGUAGAAUCUUUUGUCGCCGGCGCAGCUGCAGGCGGUCUCGCCACGGCGUCAACGUACCCGUUGGAUUUACUGAGGACGCGCUUCGCUGCGCAGGGCACAGAUCGGAUCUAUACGUCGUUGUUUUCGUCGGUUAGGCAUAUCGCCCGAAAUGAAGGGUAUAGAGGGUUUUUUCGCGGGUGUAGUGCUGCCGUUGGGCAGAUUGUGCCUUAUAUGGGUUUGUUCUUUGCGACGUAUGAGACGUUGCGGCCGCCGCUGGCACAGUAUCAGGAUCUGCCGUUUGGGUCGGGGGAUGCCGCGGCGGGGGUGAUUGCGAGUGUGUGCUCGAAGACGGUCAUGUUUCCCUUGGAUUUGAUCCGGAAGCGGCUGCAGGUGCAAGGUCCUACCCGCCAGUUAUACAUCCAUCGCAAUAUUCCCGAGUACCAGGGCGUGUUCAAUACAAUGGCCCUGAUCUUACGGACUCAGGGUGUGCGCGGACUGUAUCGCGGCUUGACGGUCAGCCUGUUCAAGGCCGCCCCCGCUAGUGCGGUGACAAUGUGGACCUAUGAAACUUCUUUGCGGCUGCUCCAGGAUAUGGACGUGGCUACGAGCAAGGACGAUUGAGCACACAUGGACUUACGUGAUCACAAUACCUAAUCUGUAUAAUAUUGGAUAACAUAUUAGACUUUUCG